AGUGUGUGAGAUAUAUCAUAUGUAGAGAUGAAAGAUGUACCCAUUAAACCAACUAAGAUCAUUAAUACCCAGAUGUUUCUUUCUCUCUCUUCUCCUUCCUCUAUCUUUUUUCAUCUUUCUCUCUCUAAAAUCCACCACCUUUCUAAACAAACCCACCCUCAAGAUCCGACCCGGAUACACCUCAUACGACAACUACAUCCACCACCAACUUCACAAAACCACCAACCCGAAGCUCCGACAAAUAUGGACCACCCGAGAUUGGGACCGAAAGAUUCGGGUCUUCUCACAAUUCUUUUCGGAUCUAAAAGACAAAAAACUCAUAUCCAACUCAUCUAAAUCCCUUUGUGUAGGAGCUCGGGUCGGGCAGGAGGUGGAGGCAUUGAAACGGGUCGGAGUGUGGGAUUCAAUCGGGUUGGAUCUGGUACCAUACCCGCCUCUUGUGAUCCGGGGUGACUUUCAUUAUCAGCCGUUUGAUGAUGAGACUUUUGACUUUGAGUUUUCGAAUGUGUUUGAUCAUGCAUUGUACCCGGAGAAGUUUGUGGGGGAGAUCCAACGGACGUUAAAGGUUGAUGGUGUGUGUGUUUUACACGUGGCGUUACGUAGACGGUCGGAUAAGUAUUCGGCUAAUGAUUUGUAUAGUGUUGAACCGUUGGUUAAGUUGUUUGAUGGGUCGGAUUUUGUUUAUUCUAGGAGAGUUGAUGGGUUUGGGUUGGAUACUGAAGUGGUGUUUAGGAAAAGGAAGCCGAUCCAACGGUCAUGAUUUUUUAACCUUUUUUUUUAUUUCUUUUAUGUUUUUUUAGUUGCUAAAAAUAGUGUCAAAUAUUGGACCCGAAUUGGUGGAUAACAACUUGAAAUGGAUAAAACAUUUUAGGAAAAGC